GAGAGAGAGAGAGAGAGAGAGAGAGAGAGAGAGAGAGAGAGAGAGAGCAAUAGCACCUUGUCGCCUGGAGGCGAGCCUGUGAUAAUUUUGUCCCUGUCCGGUAGACCGGCUCUGUCUACCACCAGGCGCGCGGGUGCUCUCCCCUCUCUCGCGGCUUUGAGAUUCUCCCCAAAUGGGAAGGGAAAUCGAUGAGACGCGCGCCACACUGUUGCCACGGAACCAAAGGAUGUGCGUGAGGUCGCUGGAGAGAGUGAUGACGUGGCAGUGAAAGACACAUAUACCUCACUCGCACACACACAUAUUGCCCACACACACUUUAGGUCUUGCCCUACUAAGACAAAGAGGAGGGGGAGAAAAUUCUGCUAUGACGGUGUCAUUUUUCUCCAUUACCAAUGUGUGAGCUACACACCCACACACACACUCAUACUCCGUGGGGAGUUGCCUUCAUGGGGGAUAAGGGCCUAUCUAGGGCACAGAGAUGGAGUUCACAUCCUAUUCGUUACUUAUCUAACACUCAGACAGACGUACACACUGAUACACACACCUGGAAUCUCAUAUGUCAGAAUUGAAGAAUGAAAGACUGAAUGGAGAGCAGCCGUUGAACAUUUCAGAGAAGACACAAGCGCGAGGCCAAGGCAAAAGAAGAUUCCCAGAGCGGGCUUAAAGGACAGAGGGAGCUGCUGCCUGACCCCCCUCCCCCUCUGGAGCUGUAUCGCGUAGGAGCCUCGACUUGUAAAGAGCACUACCAAGAAAGCAGGGCGCACCUGAGACACACAGAAAGGGUUCUUCAACGUGGCCCAACAGUUGUCACCAUGAGCUGUAGGCUAGAGGGAACACCCCAGCUCUAGCCUCUGUCUCCUCCAGUGUGUGUGUGUGAGUGUGAGACCGAGUGUGUGUAUGACUGUGAUGGCGGUGUGCGUUUGGGUGGCAGCCCCCCUGCUCUUCCUGGGGCUGUGCCUGUGCAGCGUGGGGAGCCAGGCCCAAGGGGAGGUCCUGGAGUUUGGUGGCGUGUCCAGCCAGUGGGGGCGGUUCCCAGUGUGGAACGCCUGCUGCGAGAGCGUGCUGAGCUUCAGCCUGCGGACUCACAGCCAAGAGGGCCUCCUGCUCUACCUGGACGACGAGGGCUUCUGCGACUUCCUGGAGCUGCUGCUUCUCCACGGCCACCUCCGCCUGCGCUUCUCCAUCUUCUGCGCCGAGCCUGCAGAGCUGCAGUCCGGCGUGGCGGUUAGCGAUGGCCACUGGCACGCAGUGCGUGUCAAGCGGGACUGGAGGAACACCUCGCUGGAGGUCGACGGGCAACUGGAGGGAUGGGCGGAAGUGAAGAGCAAGAGGAGAGACAUGACAGUGUUCAGCCACACCUACAUGGGCGGGGUGACGCCAGAGCUCCACUCCUCGCCGCUGCGCCUCACAGCCCCUUUGGUUAGGGAACACCCCGCCUUCCGUGGCUGGAUCACGGGGGUGAGCGUCAAUGGCUCACUGGCGAUGCUGGAGAGCUCGGAGGGUGUCACAGUAACAGCUGGCUGUCAGCCGGAUCACCAGUGCCAGAACGGAGGACUGUGCAGCGUGGUCAACAACCAGGCCGUCUGCGACUGCUCCAACACCGGAUACCAAGGCAACGACUGCAGCAAAGAGCACAGCUACACUCCAGGUCUGGCACACCUGAUGAUUAACGACCAAGGAAAACUCAGAGCUCGCGAGGAGUACGUUGCCACCUUCAAGGGCUCUGAGUUCUUCUGCUACGACUUGUCGCCCAACCCCAUCCAGUCGAGCAGCGAUGAAAUCACACUAUCCUUCAAGACGCUGCAACGCAACGGCCUGAUGCUUCACACCGGCAAGUCAGCCGACUACGUCAACCUAGCACUGAAGAACGGAGCCGUGUCGCUUGUCAUCAACCUCGGCUCCGGGGCCUUCGAGGCCUUGGUGGAGCCCGUCAACGGCAAGUUCAACGACAACUCCUGGCACGACGUCAAGGUCACCCGCAACCUGAGACAGCACUCAGGCAUUGGACACGCUAUGGUGACCAUCUCUGUGGACGGCAUCCUGACCACCACGGGCUACACCCAAGAGGACUACACCAUGCUGGGCUCUGACGACUUCUUCUACGUGGGAGGGAGCCCCAGCACCGCCGACCUGCCCGGUUCUCCAGUCAGCAAUAACUUCAUGGGCUGUCUCAAAGAGGUGGUGUACAAGAACAAUGAUGUACGGUUGGAGCUGUCUAGACUGGCUAAACAGGGAGACCCAAAGAUGAAGGUAAGUGGGGUGGUGUCCUUUAAGUGCGAGAGUGUGGCCACGCUGGACCCCGUGACCUUUGACACCCCCGAGUCCUUUGUGGCACUGAGCAAGUGGUCAGCGAAGAAGGCCGGAUCGAUCUCGUUCGACUUCAGGACCACGGAGCCAAACGGGUUGAUGCUUUUCAGCCAUGGCAAACCCCGGCAGCAGGAACGCAAGGACCCACGCACGCCUCCUACACUCAAGGUGGAUUUUUUUGCCAUUGAGAUGCUGGAUGGUCACCUGUACCUGCUGCUGGACAUGGGCUCGGGAACCACCAAGACCAAGGCUAUGGACAGAAAGGUCAACGACGGAGAAUGGUAUCAUGUGGACUUCCAGAGGGACGGACGCUCAGGAACCAUCUCGGUGAACAGUGUGAGAACAGCGUACACGGCUCCGGGUGACAGCGAGAUCCUGGACCUGGAUGAGACUUUGUACCUCGGAGGACUACCGGAAGAACGUGCUGGACUCAUUUUCCCUACAGAGGUGUGGACGGCUCUGUUGAAUUACGGUUACGUUGGCUGCAUCAGAGACCUGUUUGUGGACGGGCAGAGCAAAGACAUCCGGCGGUUGGCCGAGGCCCAGAGAGCGGUGGGGGUAAAGCCCUCGUGCUCGAGAGAGCCGCCCAAACAGUGCCUGUCCAACCCCUGCCAGCACAACGGCAUCUGCAGGGAGGGGUGGAAUCGCUACGUCUGCGACUGCUCUGGGACGGGAUACCUGGGACGCGCCUGUGAGAGAGAUGCGACUAUCCUGUCGUACGACGGCAGCAAGUUUAUGAAGGUGCAGCUGCCUGUGGCGAUGCACACCGAGGCGGAGGACGUCUCGCUGCGCUUUCGCUCCCAGCGGGCCUAUGGCGUUCUCAUGGCAACUACAUCCCGUAACUCCGCAGACACCCUUCGCCUGGAGCUGGACGGGGGCCGAGUCCGCCUCACUGUCAACCUAGACUGUAUCAGGAUAAACUGUACAGCCAGUAAAGGCCCAGAGACCAUCUUUGCGGGGUCGGGCCUCAAUGAUAAUGAGUGGCACACUGUGAGGGUAGUCCGGCGUGGCAAGGGCCUCAAACUCACCGUGGACGACCUGCAGCCUGUUGAAGGUCAGAUGGCGGGCGACCACACCCAGUUGGAGUUCCACAAUGUGGAGACGGGUAUUGUGACGGAGAAGCGCUUCAUGCCUGCCGUGCCCUCGAAUUUCAUCGGCCACCUUCAGGGCCUGACGCUGAACGGCAUGCCUUACAUCGACCUCUGCAAGAACGGCGACAUCGACUACUGCGAGCUCAACGCCGUUAUCGGCUAUAAGAGCAUCGUGGCCGACCCCGUCACGUUCCGCUCGCGCUCCAGUUUCGUCACGCUGCCCACGCUGCAGGCCUACUACUCCAUGCAUCUCUUCAUGCAGUUCAAGACGACGUCCCCCGACGGUCUCGUUCUCUACAACAGGGGAGACGGCAAUGACUUCAUAGUGGUAGAGCUGGUUAAAGGCUACCUACACUACAUCUCGGACCUGGGCAAUGGUGCACACCUGAUCAAGGGCAACUCUAACAGUCCCCUAAAUGACAACCACUGGCACAACGUGCACAUAUCCAGAGACACUAACAAUCUCCACACAGUCAAGAUUGACACCAAAGUCACCACGCAGACCACCAUGGGCGCCAAGAACCUCGACCUAAAGGGUGACCUGUAUAUCGGGGGCGUCUCCAAAGAGAUGUACCGAGACCUUCCGAAGCUGGUCCACUCCCGCGAGGGAUUUCAGGGUUGCCUAGCAACAGUUGAUCUAAAUGGCCGGCUCCCUGACCUUUUGGCUGAUGCACUGGCGACCAUGGGACAAGUAGAGAGAGGCUGUGAAGGUCCCAGCACUACAUGUCAAGAAGACUCAUGCUCAAAUCAGGGAGUUUGUUUGCAGCAGUGGGAAGGCUUCACCUGUGACUGCAGCAUGACGUCGUAUGCUGGUCCACUAUGCAAUGACGCUGGGACCACUUAUAUCUUUGGCCGUGAUGGAGGCGUGGUGGUUUACACGUGGCCUCCUAAUGAACGCCCCAGCACCAGGGCAGACCGGCUUGCCCUCGGGUUCAGCACCCAACAGAAACACGCCAUUCUGCUCCGGGUGGACAGCGCGUCUGGCCUGGGUGACUACCUUCAGCUGCAGAUAGAUAAAGGCAACAUUAGAGUAGUGUUUAACGUUGGCACUGAUGACAUCAACAUCGAGGAGAGCUCCAAGUUUGUCAACGAUGGAAAGUACCACAUAAUUCGGUUCACCCGCAGCGGAGGCAAUGCAACCCUCCAACUGGACGACCUGCCGGUCAUAGAGCGCUAUCCCUCAGGCAACAUUGAUAACGAGCGCCUGGCCAUCGCCAGACAGCGAAUCCCCUAUCGGCUCGGUCGAGUAGUUGACGAUUGGCUACUCGACAAAGGUCGCCAGCUGACCAUCUUCAACAGCCAGACGACGGUGCGUGUCGGGGGAGUCGAGCGAAGUGCAGGCAUGUUCCAGGGCCAGCUGUCUGGACUCUACUACAAUGGCCUCCGCAUCCUCAACAUGGCCGCCGAGGGGCAUCCGCACAUCAAAGUGGACGGCAGCGCGCGACUGGUCGGCGACAUGCCGUCCUCCUCCAUCACCCCGCAGUCCAGCGCUGCAGCUGGAGGCAACCGCUCUGACUCCGCCCCCUCCAUGAAUGACAUCACGACCACCACGGCCACCAACAGGAAGCAGGGCGCCACACAGCAGUCGGCAGACGACCUGCUGGUGGCGUCCGCUGAGUGUCCCAGCGAUGACGAAGACAUUGACCCCUGUGACCCCAGUUCAGCCCGCCCUCCCCUGCCGGAGGUGAAGGUGUUCUCAGUUCCAUCCGAGGUGGUUCGGGAGAGCAGCAGCACCACGGGUAUGGUGGUGGGCAUCGUGGCGGCCGCGGCCCUCUGCAUCCUCAUCCUCCUCUACGCCAUGUACAAGUACCGCAACCGCGACGAGGGCUCCUACCACGUGGACGAGAGCCGCAACUACAUCAGCAACUCAGCCACACAGCCCAACGGCAGCGCCAAGGACAAGCCGCUGGGGAUCGCCAAGAUCUCCAAGAACAAGAAGAACAAAGACAAGGAGUACUACGUCUGAGGUCGGAAGACGUCCAACGUGCAGACAUAUACGCAUACACCUUUAUAUAUAACGGUAUAUGUACAUAAAUAGAUAUAUUCUCAAAAAAAAAGAAGAUACACCCGUACACACUGACAUAGACAUGCUGAUGUUAAUGUUUACUCUCCAAUAAUUACAUCUGCACACAAGCUGGCAAGCACAAACAUACACACAUUCAAGCACACAUACAUUUAAGCACAAACAUACACGCACACACACACACACACGUACAGACUGGCCCAAGGGCAUGGACCCUUAUUGUACAGUAUUUACCAAUGAGCAGAGCCUCUGAGAGAGACUUAUUUUAUGAACAUAAACACCAUUCCAAAUGAUAAAAAUGCACCAGUUCAACUCCCAGUAAAGAACCAUUUUGGAGCCAGCCAGAUAAAAAAGACCAGUCACUCCCCCUGCCACAGUGGGACCUCUUGUGUUGGACUCAAAGAGGUCAAGGAAGACUUUUAAGUGAAGCACAUGGCAGACUGAGUGUGCUGAGAGAGAGGCCAGCAGAACAAAGAUGAAGUAAAAGCGCCAAGACAAGCACUAAGUGUCUCUUCCAAGCUUCUUGGCCUUCCUCUUUGUCAGCAGAUGGGACUCGCUGAAGCACCGAGGAUGCUGAAGAAACAAGCACACUAGCGGUCCAAGUCUUACCCCAAGCGACGGGGACAGGAAAUCAGGGUGUAGCCAUAGAGACAGUGACUUACGAGUGAAUAGGCAGAGGCAUGGCUGGUGCCGUUAACAUAAUGGAUGGGUUGUGGUGCUGAUGUUUUUACGGCACCCUGUAAAUCACAAAAGGUGGAAUCAGUGGAAAAACUGAGAGAUAUUUUCCUGGACAGGAUACUUGAGACUUCAGAUGCUACCUACAGGCACCAGUCGCACAUGACUGCGGUGUUACACACACAUGUACACACACACAGCACACAUGCACACACAGAAAAAAAUUAAAACAAUCUAAACCUGCAGACAUACACGUACCUGCAAUGCUAAAGACCCACCAUAUCUUCAUAACUGACACUGAAGACUAUACAAGAAGACAAUGGUGAAAAUGACAAUGACCAUUAUGAUAAUUGUUAUUGCAAUGAUAAUGAUGACUAUGAAGAACAUUUGGGCAGAAUAGACUCUUUGGGGAAGGGAGGGGGGGGGGGUCUUAUUGCACGUGAAUUAUCUUACUCCGUGUGAUUUAUACCGCGUUGAAACUCCAGAGGUUACACCGUGAUGCACCACCAUCAUAAACUUACCACCUUGGCUUGAAGUAUUCCUAAACACGCACUUCAAAACGGUUUUCAGUCUGUGGGAUUCAACCACGAUUUAAUCUCCGACUCGACUCUCAGUUCAAAAUCCUCGUUGACAAAGUGUGACCAUCUCGAGUGUGCUGCAUGCCUGAGUCUCUGAGCUGUGCUGUGAAGUGGUGGAGUGUCCCACUAAUAAGUCCAGAAGUGGUAGGUUUGUGGGAGGAGGAGAGGGGGGGGGUGUUGCGGGUUGCAGUGUAACUCCAGCGCAAUGCCUGGAUCUGUGCGUCCACCACAGGCCAUGUCCUGUUUUCUAGCCUGAUGUCUUAUAGGCCACGCCCACUAUACCUGCUCUAACCAACCACCUUUUUUUAGCAAAAAACAGCCGAGGGAAAAGAAUCAAAACAGGACAAAGUAAAUGUUACCAUGUGUUGCUAAUAGAUAGAAAAGUCCAGUUCACGAUGUCAUUGACUAUAUGACAACCUGAGUUGCUUCAAUUUUUAUUGGCUCUCCCUUUUCUCUCUUUCUCUUUGUGUCCUUUUGUCUUCAUGCUAUUAGUUGACUGAUUUAUCAAUGUUCAUGACGUGACCAAUGCAGGACAGACGGGUGGGUUUCCGAUCCGGGCUACAGUGUUAUUAUCUGUUUUUGGACUUCUGCAGUGUCUGAGCCCUCUAUAGCUCAAGAAUUGUAGCCCCACGAUACAUCAAUACAAACAGUGCCAUGACAUGAACCCCUCCAGAUCUUCCAAGCAACGUAACCAACCAGACAGAUGCAUGCAAAAUGCUCGAGAGCAAAAAAGGACAUAAAAAGGACUUUGUGUGAGAUUUCAAAGUAUAAAAUUAACUUAACAUAUUCCCUUAUUCUCUCCAUCCUCAACUGGCCUUGACCUCCUUUUCCUCCCUUCUCUUGUUUUCCCCUCGUUUAGUAUGUUUCCCUCUCUGCGCUCCCAGUGCCUCCUUGUCUAUCGCUUUCUUUUCCCUCUAUCUCUGUUGUGUUGCCAUCAGAAACAAAGGAGGAGUCUCAAUCAAUGGGAUUCUACAUCUAGGUGUUCAUUAACCAUGUUUAUUUUCUAUAUGUACAAUUUUUCUACAGUAUUUUCUUUUAUUUUUAUUGUUACGGUUCUUUGAUGAACAUAAAGUGGAAAUUUAUUAUGAAAAAUAGUUUUGAAGAUUAACGAGUAAAUAAAAUAUUACCCAAGUGA